CAUAUCGCAUACUUUCCAUUCGCUCGGAAGGAGAAUGAAAAAGUCACCAAGUUGGGUAAGGAACAUGACAGUAAAAGCUAAGAAACCUUGAGUGCAUGUCUUGGGGCUGGGCAGCAUUGGCACCUUUCCUGCUCAUUCACUGGCUGAGGUACCAGCCCCUCUAACACCGUCUGUCACGCUUCUUCUCCAUCAACCUUCUCUUGCCGGCGAAUUCUUCAAAAACUGCUGCAGAAUUAGGUUAGAAAUAAGGGAGGGAGAAGUAGUCGACUAGCAUAGCAACUACCGCCACGAGGUACUAGACAACAGAGAAUGGUACCGCCCUUCAACAACGCCAGGGCUCGAUCAAGUUACGCAGACAGAUAUGAUCGACCACCUUGUCGUUUCCGUCAAAGGACCGCAUCGGCUCAACGCUUCAUCGCAUAUUCUGUUCUCGCAGAACGGAUCCGGCAUGAUCGAGGCUAUCAACGAGGAAAUAUUUACGGAAAAAGCCACCCGGCAUAACUACACCACCGGUGUUGUUUCACACAGAGUCACUCUUAAUGCUCCCUUCGACAUUACGCGCACUGGCUUUGCCGCAAUAUCCCUAGGCCCCGUUCCUCAGACUAAAUCAGAUAUCGAGGCCACUAAAUCGUCUUACCUUCUGAACGCCCUGCCAUUUGUCCCACGAUUCAACGCGACCCCAUACUCAUUCCUAGAUGUUUUCCAAAUCCAGCUAGAAAAGCUUACAGUUAACGCCUUCUGCAACCUACUCUGUGCCCUUAAGGAUGCACGAAAUAAAGACCUAUUUACCAUCCCCGAAACCGGACACAUGCUACUUAAGGAGAUCUUUCAGGUCGUUAAUACACUGCCAGAGUUGCGCGACAUACCAGGCAUUUUAGAGCGUUUCUCGGUAGAGAGGCUCGAGGUAACGGUAAAUGGCAUUUAGAAAACGGCAGAGACAAUAUUCUCUAUAGUGGUGGAUUUGCGACGAAGUCAGAAAACAGAGAUUUAGUUUAUUAAUAGGUAUUGGUGUUGACGGGGCAGAGAGGUCGGAGUGCCAACGCCGAUUAAUGACAGUCUUGUGGGGCAGAUCUUGGAGCGGCAAGGUGACGGGGAACAAGCGAAGGAAUACCAA